ACAAAACCACCAUCUAUGAGUCAGUGUUUCUACAGUGGCGCACGCUGACACUGAUUCAUUUACUUCUUUGUGUCAGUAGUUCUGCAAGUCUAAAUGGUUCAGUUCUGUUGACCCAUCUGGUCUAUUAAUGCUUUCAUUCAUUCAGAAAAUCCUUCAGUCUCAAGGUGAAUGUUUUAAACACUAAAGCCACACGUAAGAGACUGAAACAGUCUACGUUUCAUACAUUAAUGGAACAUUUUAUCGCUUUUGUGUUGUAGUGAAUAUCUGACACACACACGUCUCUCAAUCCUCUUAGAAGGUUAUUUACAGCCGAUGGCAGAUUACAUUCAUUGAGCGACAGAUCUGGACUGACUCAUAAAACCUUGUGAAACUCUUGCCUGUGAACUCCUCGCCUUUUGGCAAAAUUCAUUGUUCUGACACUGAAAUAGGCAUUUUUAUGUUCAUACCUGUAUGUGUCUUCAGAAAAGUUUCUAUUGCAUUUUAUUUUCAUCUUACCUAUAGAUAAAGUAUAGUAAAUAAUUGACAUAAAACGUUGACAUUGACAUACUAAGUCAUUUGAGAUUAAAAGUCGUUGACAAAAACUUCGACUUAGUCAAUUACGACAAGAAGUUGAAAUUAUGACUGAAAAGUUUUAAUUAUGCUUAUUUUGACUGUCAUAAUUUUGUCUUUUUAUGCCAUAAUUAUGACUUACUAUUUAUGUUAUAGUUGUUUUGUUAUAAUUAAGAAUUACACCUAUAAUCGGGCUUCCAUAGUAUGAAGUCUAACAGUGUUUAAUAGACCGUCAGGGGUAGCCGCUGUAUUUCUGCUUUUCCAUAACUCACAUUCAGAGACCAGAAUUUGCAUUUAAUUCAUUUCAAAUGAUCUUUUAUUAGGCUGAAAUGUGAGGUUUAUCAUUUUAUAAAAUUUAUUUUUGUCAACUUGAACUGUAAAGUUGUUUAAAUCAUAGUUUAUAUUUAUUUUACAGUUUCAGAGUUUGCUGGUAUGACAAUAUUGCCAUUAUUGUUUUCUUUAUAUAAAAGAUGGUGUUAUAUAAACGAAACCCUUACAACAGUAAUGUUGAUUAUUUGGAUACUAUUGAAUGUAAAUCUGUAAUGGCUUUAAAAUUUAUAGGGUUAAUAACUUUUAAAACUCAGAAAUGCCAUAGUGCCAAAGUAAAAUGAGUUGCGAAUGCUGUUUCAUGUCAGUUCUGACUCACUUUUCCUCUCCUCUUAAACAAAUUGGUUCUAUUAAAAGUGGCUUUAAACAAAAGACUUCAAACUGUGUGUGUGAAAGUGGUUAAAAGCCCAUGAACAUGAGCACUCGCUGACACAAACCAAAUCAAAUAAAAGGAGAAAGGCUCUUGAUUCCGUCACUCAUAUAUUUUGAAAAUGAUGGUUUCUAUUUUUGUCACUGGUGUAACUGUAAAUAACCAGCCAGUCCAUCACUGCUGCUCAUAGUCCAGUCGGUUUGUGCUCCAGACAUCAGUGAUUUACUGUAUGCAGCAUGUAAAGCAGAGAUUAUCCUGGAGCCGUCUGCUCUUCACCAGAUCCUCAACUCCUUAACCAUCAGAUCCGAUUAGUCAAGAAAUGUCUCCCACUGACCGGCCAGCGCACACGUCCAUCACGUCAAACACAGUUAACAGCGUUGAUUUUCACCUGUAAUCACUCAGGUCAUGACUAACACUUUCUGCCUCAUUUCAGGAUCAUUCCCACUAAUAACUGAAGAGUUUUUGCUCCAUCAAUCACAUACUGUUAAUCACUUUAAGUUAGUUUUAUUUUUAUAUUUUCCAUUUUUAUUUAAAUUUUAGUUAAAGUUUUAUUUAUUUAUUUAUUUAAAGAUGGCUAUUUAGUUUUAUUCAUUUUUUCAUUUUAAUUUUAGAUAUUUUAGUACAUUAAGUUAAUUAAAUGAAAAUAAGAAAUGUUGCUUUGGCAAUAAACUUGAAGCACUAAAAUUAUUAAGUGUGUGUGUGUGUGUGUGUGUGUGUGUGUGUGUGUGUGUUGCUCUUCUGACUGAAGGUGGAUUAGCUCGUGUAACGUCACAUCUCUCCGGUCGGUAUUUUUAACCGGAUUUUCCGAGUCUCUCAGCGGGAGAAUCGACGCGCUUUAAGAGCAGAACGGCCGUUAAAGGAGCUGCAGGUAGAGAUUGUGUUAUUCAUGACUCUAUAAACGCUCAGGAAUCAGUAUGUCUGUGCAAAACCCGCUUCAGGUGGUGAACAUCCCCUGGAGGAACAACAACUUCAGCCUGAUGAGCCGCGACCCGCCGCUGUCCGACCAGGGAGAGACGAUCAUCGGCGUGUACCUGCUCGUUCUGGGUUGGUUGUCGUGGUUUGGGAACAGUAUCGUGAUCUUCAUCCUGUUCAAGCAGAGAUCUUCUCUCCAGCCCACCGACUAUCUGACGCUCAAUCUCGCCAUCUCCGACGCCAGCAUCUCCGUGUUCGGAUAUUCCCGAGGAAUCCUCGAGAUCUUCAAUGUGUUCAAGGAUAAUGGAUACCUCAUCACAUCUGUGUGGACGUGCCAGGUGGACGGUUUCUUCACGCUGGUUUUCGGUCUCGGCAGCAUCAACACGCUCACCGUCAUCAGCAUCACCAGAUACAUCAAGGGAUGCCAUCCGAGUAAAGCUCACUGUAUCACCAACACCACAGUGAUGAUGUGCAUUAUUUUCAUCUGGCUCGGAUCCUUGUUCUGGUCCGGCGCUCCCAUCCUGGGCUGGGGAAGCUACACAGAUCGAGGAUACGGCACCUGUGAGAUCGACUGGGUCAAAGCCAAUUAUUCCACCAUCCACAAGUCCUACAUCAUCUCCAUCCUCAUCUUCUGCUUCUUCGUCCCUGUGCUGAUCAUGCUGUUCUCGUACGUGUCCAUUAUAAACACGGUGAAGCGAGGCAAUGCCAUGUCAGCGGAGGGCGACCUGACCGACAGACAGCGCAAGAUCGAGAGAGAUGUCACUAUCGUGUCCAUUGUGAUUUGCACGGCGUUCAUCCUGGCCUGGUCUCCGUACGCCGUGGUGUCCAUGUGGUCGGCGUGGGGUUUCCACGUUCCGAGUCUCACCAGCAUCUUCACGCGACUCUUCGCCAAGUCCGCAAGCUUCUACAACCCGCUCAUCUACUUCGGCCUGAGCUCCAAGUUCCGCAAAGACGUGAGCGUGUUGCUGCCCUGCAGCGGCGACGGAAAAGACACCGUCAAACUGAAACGCUUCAAAAAGAUCAAGGGGAAGGCGGACGGCGCGUCACCCGGAGCCCCGCGCCAGCGCUUCAGGCCCUGCGGCGAGGAGAACCGCGACUUACAAAAGAUCGAGAAAAAGUACCAUCCAGGGAUAGAGCCGGCAAACCCCGCCCCCAGCCCGGACUCAGGGGUGGGCAGUCGUCCCGAGACUCCGCCCCCUGCCAUUAAACAGGUGUUCUCCAUCGACGUGCCCGAGCCGUCAGACACGACCGAGUCUGAAUGCGUCAGACUGUAGAUCAGGCGUGAUCACGACCAUUUUUCUGUUUUUGAUUUUUAUAUAUGAGCGACUUAUGAAAUUUUAUGUUAAUGAUGUAAGCAGCAUGAAAAGCUAUUUUUGUAAAUGAUGGAUGUAAAUGUGAAAUAUUGUUUUUUAACAACUGUGUACAUCAGCAUUA